AUACUUUUGGUGUACAUCAGUUACUCUUUAAGGUAUCUGCAUUCUUUCAUUGAUAUGGGCCCAGAAAACCGACGGAAGAUCAGGGGUCCUCAUUCCCGCAUUUGGUAACAUGUCCAACCUCAGCAGGAACCUCUUACGUCUUCUCAACAGCACUGAACUUAUGAGCCGCGCCUCUUUAACAUGACUCGGUAACAAAGACAAACGCCCUCUCAUUUGCCGAUACAGAAACACUGCAUUUUCCAAUUGUUGCGACACUGCAGUCUGCCUACCUAUGUUCCGUCACCUCCGCCCGUCAAACCUGAUUUCAACCAUCGUCAUCAAUCAUGGCUCCAGCUCAUAGCUAUGGCUCCUCCGGCGGACCAAUCUCAUUUUUGAGGAGAUAUUGGAAGACAACUCACGCGCCUGAUUAUGUCGGCUUCCUGUUCCUCUUAACAGGCUGGAUCUUGGUCUGUACUAUAUCACCAGUGGGAACUGAGAACAAUGGUUGACAGGUUCACAGACGGUCCUCUUCGUCAACCCAUUUCAUCGCAUGUUCUUCAUAAACGACCUGCAGAUCUCGUAUCCCUUUGCGGUCCAUGAGCGUGUCCCUGUCUUUAUGAACUUCGUAUACGCCCUUUUCAUACCGCUGGGAGUUUUAAUCGCUUACAACAUAAUCGCAAGGUCGUCAGCAGCCAAGCAUGAAGUCACUUACCUCUCGUUCCUUAUCUCUAUUGUACUCACAUCCUUCAUCACUGACAUCAUCAAGAACGCUGUGGGUAGACCUCGUCCUGAUCUGCUAGACCGUUGCAAGCCCGCAAUCGGCACAAAGGCCAACACCCUUGUUACCAUCGAUGUCUGCACGGCAGAAGAUGGCCACAUACUACAAGAGGGCUGGCGAUCAUUCCCUUCUGGCCACUCAUCCUUCUCAUUCGCUGGCCUUGGUUUUCUCAGCCUCUUCCUCGCCGGCCAACUCCAUGUGUUCCGUUACUCGGCUGGCGGUCGUGAUCUAAGCCGCGCGUUGGUCUGCCUACUGCCGCUCAUCGGCGCUGGUCUAGUCGCUAUAUCGAGAUGCGAGGAUUAUCGCCACGACGUCUACGAUGUCUGCGUAGGCUCAGCUCUGGGCAUGAGCAUUGCGUAUUGGAGCUACAGACGGCACUUUCCUCGCCUCUCAAGUACGAAAUGCGACGAGCCUUAUCCACGACCAGGAGUUGAUACUCAGCCGGGAUGGCAACGAAUCACCGAUGAUGAGGAGGCAGCAAGAGGGACAGAUGUAGGAUUCGAGAUGGAAAACUUGAGAGGUUCGCGACGCUGAUAUUGGGGACUAGGAAUAGUUUGAAUUCUUGUCCGAGAUGCUCUGGCUUAGACUGCAUUGCAUUACUCUUCCACCGAAGCAUCAUGUGUUCGACAACACUUUUAGACUUGGUCAAGCCAGGCGUUGGAUAAGUCUUGUUUUGUGGUCAUUUCGUGAUAUUAUUGUACAGGGGCAGAUAAGAGUGGCCCCGCAUUCCUCCCCCCAUCUAUCAAGAAUCUAUAGCCUGUUACUUACUUUUCCUCUGUCUCCUCGUUCUUUGCCAGGUCAUGCUCCUUCAACAACGCCGUAAUCUCAUCGGCACUCCACAGGCGGUGGUAAAUCUUGCCGUCCUCGGUCUGUCCUACUGUCGCGAAUUCAACUGAGAAUGACGUUAGCAAGAGUUAUGGUAGAUAUUAUAGACACGACGUACUCUUCUCGCUGCUCAGC